UCCACUUGUCAACAGCAUAACCUUUCGCUUUCUAUAUGCGGUCUCUCAGUUUGUUUAUAUACAUUUCAAUUUAAUUUUUCUCGCACGGAUUGAUUAUUUUGUCGGUUCUAUUCAUUCAUCAAAGUGUCGUGAUUAUAUAUGUAAAUUAUAUGGUGUGUUUAAGAUCUCCGUACCAAAAACGUGUACAAAGAAUCAAAAUAGCACCUGGAUUAAACGAUAUAUAUCAUUCUAACAUUUCUUACUCGGAAGAACAAUUAAUAAAAAUUAAUUGAUCGAGAGUAAAAUAAAAUGUCAGGACCAAUGGUGCUGUGUCAGCUGUGGAUGGGUGGUCUGGAGCCCUAUAUGACAGAGAGCUUCAUCAUGAAUGCGUUUCACAAGAUGGGCGAACAGCCGCAGACGGUAAAGGUAAUGCGGAAUCGGUACACGGGCGAACCUGCAGGAUACUGCUUUGUACAUUUUCCAACUGACGAAAUGGCGCUCGAUGCCAUGCACAAAUUAAACGGCAAGGUGAUACCCGGUUCAAAUCCUCCUGUACGAUUUCGCUUAAAUCAUGCCAGCACUACGGGAAAACCUGCUGCUGAGAGAGAGUUUAGCAUUUGGGUGGGUGAUUUGUCCACUGAUGUAGAUGAUUACUCUUUAUAUAGAGCAUUCGCUGCAAAAUAUAAUUCAAUCAGAACAGCUAAAGUUAUAUUGGAUAGCUCGGGAUUCAGUAAAGGCUAUGGCUUUGUUAGAUUUGCGAAUGAAGAAGAGCAGAAAAAUAGCCUAAUCACUAUGAAUGGUUACAGAGGACUUGGAACAAAAUGUCUGAAAAUUUGCAAUGCUGUACCUAGACCUUGGAAUAAAAUAUCUGGUUCAACACCGCCACAAUCAACUUCUGAGUAUCCAGCAUCAAAUAUGAAUUCAGAGGCAUAUAAUUACUAUGAUACAUCAUCGUACUGGAACAGUUACAGUGCUUGGCAACAAGGCUAUUAUGAAAGCGAACCAACAUCAGAUGCCUAUAAUAAUUAUGUAUCUGAUCAAAAACCUGAAGAAGACGAAUUAGAAUUAAUUGAGCACUCAGUUCCCAUUGACAUUGACAAGGCGAAUAGAGAAACAAUUGAACAAGAUUAUAAUUUAUGGGAUGCUUUGGAAAGUUCAAAAUGGAUUCCAUGUGAUACUAUAGAACUAUGUUAUUAGUGAUUAAAAAUACUCUCUGAAAAUCGUAAAAAGAUAUAUCAUAUUUUAUAUAUAUAAUGUGAUAUAUAUACUAUAUCACAUUUAAUACAGAAAUAUAAAAAAUAUAUACUUCACUUCUUAUUUCUU